AUGAAACAGGUCAAUGAGUUUAAAGUAGAACAAUUUAUUAACGCAACAAGUUUGGUGUAUACAUCGACAGUGUUCGCAGUGCUGUUUUGGAUCAUUGCCUUUUGUGUUGCAAUGAAAGAUAUUCUUGUGGAUUAUUACUUCCUUUUUUUCUUCACAUUGGGGUGUAUCUUUAUCGUUCCACCACUCGUGUUGAACACAUCCCCGUUAUUGGGUAACGGGAAGAAUCUCAAAAAUGAUGGAACCCACCACGAAAAGUUUGAACUGAUCGAUGAAAAAUUAGACGGAGUGAAUUUGACGGAGUCACAGCAGAUGUUCGAUCACAGGGCGCCCGAACCAAAGAACUUCAAGUAA